AUGCCUGACUUCCAAAGUCCACCAUCAUUUGCCACAAGAAUCCCGUCACAAGCGGCGUCAUCUCGUUCACCUCUAGCAGGAGGCUCGACGCAGACCGAGUUCCCCAAUGGCCCAGAGGACGCCAAGAAACACAUAGAUUUUAUCUGGUACAAAAAACAGAAAUAUGUCGGUGAUGGAAUGAUUCAAGGUCUCCUUAAUCUGGCGAGCAAAGGACAGAACAGCAAAAGCACCCAUUUCAUCUAUGAGCUUCUCCAGAAUGCCGACGAUGCCUCCUAUGGCGGUAACGUACCCCGGGUGUGCAUCCGUUAUGAUACGACAAAUCGGACUUUUCUCAUUGAGUCUAAUGAGAUUGGCUUCACCAAGGCCGACGUGGAGUCAAUUUGUAGCGCAGCUGAAAGUACCAAGAGCAAGAAAAUGCCAGCAGCCUCGGCCACCGCCACGACAGAGAGGUCGAUUGGCGAGAAGGGUCUUGGAUUCAAAUCUGUUUUUCUUGCUGCUGACAAAGUGUGGAUCAGUUCUGGGCACUACUCGUUCCGCUUUGACGGGGAGACUCCGGUGGGACAGAUCCAGCCUAUCUGGGACACCCAAUUUCCCGGUCUGAAGACAGAUGGUUUCACCGCCAAACUUUUGCACAUCCCUAUUCGAGACAGAGCAGAUACUCUGGAGGCUCUGGUCGAAGAACUCAAAGCCCUGCAGGCUCUAGACCUCCUGUUUCUAAGAAAGGUCAAACGCAUCGAAAUUGAAGACUGCACCCAGGGGCAUAAAGACACAGCAUGGCACACCAAGCUCCGGGUCGACGCAAUCCCGAGAUUGCUUAACAUACUGACUCCGGUGAGAGUCUAUAAAGACGACGACGUAGAGUCCUUCGUCGUUUUCCGCUACCGAGUGACAGAGCUCCCAAUCACAUCUGAGCGUUUCGGGACCAUGUCCGAUAUUAUCCUUGCCUUUCCUAGCAAUGUCCCAGCCGCUACAAACCUUCCAACGAAAUCUACGUACGCUUUUCUGCCGAUCUCAACAUACGGCUUCAAGAUCUUUGGACCACAAUCAGACGUCUGGAUCUGA